GUUUUUAUAUAAAAGAGGAAGGAGAAGAACCAGAACAACAACAAGAAGAAAGAACUCUACCUUUCUGGUUUUAUUUAUCAAGACUGAAAACUUAUUGAAUUUUCGAUUUUUAUUUUGUUAAUUAAUGGCUGCUGGAGUUGAAUUGAAAGAAUCAACAACGGGUGAUAAUAGGGUUAAUGGAAUUGUGUUAGAUUUCCCAACAAAUUUGUCAUGUGAUUCAUCAUCAUCACCAGUGAAGAUACCAAGGAGGGUGAAACAAAGACUUAUGGAAUCUAAAAGUCCUUCUGUUACAACUUUUGAAGAUAUUCAAGCUAAGCUUAAAGAAGCUGAUCACCGCAGACAACAAUUCCAUGAGUGGUUGUCAAGCAAAGCUCGUCCUAAACCCAGAAGUCCAUCAUGGUCAUCUUCUCAAGAUGAUGACUUAGCUCAAAAACUUGAAGCAAAGCUCAUUGCUGCUGAGCAGAAAAGGUUAAGUAUUUUGGCAAAGGCUAGGAAACGGUUAGUUAAGUUGGAUGAGAGGAGACAAGCGGCUAAAACAGGUGCGGAAUUACGAUAUGAGAAAGAACGUGAGAAACUUGGUACGAAGGUUGAAUCUAGAGUUCAGCAGGCAGAGGAAAAUAGGAUGCUUCUUCUCAAGGCUCGCAGACAGCGUAGAGCUGCAGUAAAAGAGAGGAGAGAUCAAUCAUUGUUGCAGAGGAUGGUUCAGGAGAGCAAAUAUAAAGAGUGUGUACGUGCUUCAAUUUGCCAAAAACGUGCAGCAGCUGAGAAGAAGCGGUUGGGAUUGUUGGAAGCAGAGAAGAGACGAACGCAUGCUAGGUUAAUGCAAGUGAAACGUGUUGCUAAAUUUGUUAAUCACCAACGUGAAAUCGAAAGGAGGAGAAUCAAGGACCAGUUGGAAGAUCGACUACAAAGGGCAAAGAGCCAAAGAGCGGAAUAUUUAAGGCAGAGAGGAAGUCUUCAUACUUCUGUUCGUGUUAACUGGUAUGAGAUGCACAAGCAGGGAGAUUUCCUUUCAAGAAAACUGGCAAGGUGCUGGAGACGUUUUGUGCAUUUGAAGAGAACUACCUACACCUUAGCAAAAGAUUAUGAUGCCCUACAAAUCAAGGGGAAAUCUAUCAAAUCAAUGCCAUUUGAGAAACUUGCUCUCCUAAUUGAAUCUUCCAAGACCAUUCAGACUGUGAAAGCUUUACUUGAUCGAUUUGAGACACGUUUCACACUCUCACAUUCCAGUGCUUCUCUCAGUGGUCCAUCCAAGUUGGAUAACAUUGAUCACCUUCUUAAACGCUUAACUUCACCUAAGCGAAGGGGUAAGCCUAAUAGUUCUCUUAGGAAAGGAGGACCAAGAAAUAAGGGAUCCAGUGUAGAGGCAACUCAAAAUCCAGCUAAGGUAUCAAGAUAUCCAGUGAGAGUGGUGCUUUGUGCAUAUAUGAUACUUGGUCAUCCUGAUGCAGUCUUUAGUGGGCACGGAGAAUGUGAGUUAUUGCUUGCAGAGUCUGCAGCAAAAUUUGUCCAGGAGUUGGAAAUGUUGAUCAAGGUUGUGUUGGAUGGUUGGACAAAAAGUGGUUCCAUGUUGCCUAAGCAAACUUUCAGAUCCCAGCUGGAAGCUUUCGAUGCGGCGUGGUGUUCUUACCUCUAUCGCUUUGUCGUAUGGAAGGUUAAGGAUGCAAGAUCCCUGGAGGAGGAUUUGGUAAGAGCAGCUUGCCAACUUGAACUCUCAAUGAUGCAGAAGUGCAAGCUAACUCCAGAACAAGAAAAUGUUGGUCUUUCUCAUGAUAAGAAGGCUAUCCAGAACCAGGUUGCAGAAGAUCAGAGGCUUCUCCGGGAAAAGGUGCAACAUCUUAGUGGUGAUGAUGGGAUUGAGCGAAUGGAAUCAGCUCUGUCAGACACUCGUUCUAGAUUCUUCGAGGCCAAGGAAAAUGGGAGCCCAAUGGACACCCCAGUUGCCCAUAUUUUAUCUCCAAGUCUUCCCGGUUCUUCUGCUGCCCUUCCUCUCCAUUCUGGCUCGGACGAAGUAGAAGUUAGUCAGGGUUCUCUUGGGGCUAGCCAGAAGCCAAGCCGUGUUGUUCGCUCCUUGUUUAAAGAUACGUCUUCUUCUCCAUCUGCGGAGGCUGUUCUGUCCACUACCUCUAAAAGUAGAGAUAGUCGGUUGGAAUCUUCUUCAGAUGAAAAAUUGGCCAGAGAGAAUGAAAUGCUUGUCAAUGAGAUUGUCCAUGAGAACCGCCAUGCUUUUGCUGACAGUAUUGAUAUCAGCGACGGGGAUCAAAAUGGUUUCCAGUCCAAAGUAAGAGCGGCGAUGGAGAAUGCUUUCUGGGAUGGAAUUGCGGAGUCUAUGAAGCAGGAUGAUCCCGAGUAUGGCCGUAUAAUUGAACUCAUGAAGGAGGUGAGGGAUGGCCUUUGCGAAAUGGCUCCUCAAAGUUGGAAGCAAGAGAUUUUCGAAGCUAUAGAUCUCGAUAUUCUCACUCAGGUUCUCAUGUCCGGAGCUCGUGACAUGGACUAUCUAGGAAAGAUCCUGCAGUUUGCAUUGGUUACAUUGCAGAAGCUUUCAGCUGCAGCUACCGAGGAUGAGAUGAAGGAGACCCACAAAAAUUUAUUGAAUGAUCUCGCUGUAGCAUCAAGUGGUUCAUUUAUCGAAUCAAUGAUAAAGGGUCUUCGUUUUGGUCUUCAAGAGAUUCAGGCACUUAAGCGAGAAAUCAGCAAAGCACGUAUAAAGAUCAUGGAACCAAUUAUAAAGGGCCCCGGUGGUUUGGAGUAUCUGAAGAAGGCCUUCGGUGGGCGUUAUGGAUCUCCAUCCAAUGUCUCAACCUCUUUACCACUGACAGUUCGGUGGUUAUCAUCUGUAAGAGGUAGCGCAGAAGAGGAGUGGGAAGAACACAAGGAUUCCCUUGCUGCAUUGAUGGCAAGUCAAUCAAGUACCUCUCAGGGGCUUCCUCCAUCCACUUCCCUUAAAACUGGCGGCAAAGUUCCCACGUCAUCUAAUAAGUUCGAACCGACUUUCUAUCCUCAAGUUUCUACUACAGGUGGGCAACCAGAGUGCAAGGGCGAAAAGAUUGACGUGUUGGUGAGACUUGGUUUAUUAAAGUUGGUCAGUAAGAUAGAAGGAAUAAACAAUGAAAACCUUCCUGAAACCCUGAAGCUCAAUUUCUCAAGGCUAAGGUCUAUCCAAUCCCAACUCCAGAAGAUCAUUGUCAUUUCUACCAGCAUUUUGGUCUUACGGCAGUCACUUCUCAGCAAGAGCUCUUAUAUCAACCUGUCAUCCAUGGAAUACAUAGUCACAAACUCUGUCAAAGCAGUGACCGAGCUCUUGGACUCUGUAGAAGAUGUUGGUAUCAUAGAAAUUGUCGAAAAAUUUUACGAGUUCAUGGAAGGGUGCGAGGAUGCUGAGAAACUUCAAGCAAGUAAAGAAGUAAUGGCAAGCAUGUUAUUGAAGAGUUUAAGAGCCGGAGACCCAGUAUUCGAGAGGGUAUCUCGUGCAGUUUACGUGGCAGUUAGGUCGGCCGUGCUUGGUGGAACCGUGGCUCACGGGAGAAAUUUAGCUGAAACAGUUCUGCGACGUGUUGGAGCAGCAGUUCUGGUUGAUCGGGUGAUAGAAAUCGCAGAGGUUCUGAUCAUUGUAGCCAAGGUUUCAGGUAGUGUCCACGGGGAAUGGUAUUCACAGGUAGUCAGCAAUGUAUAAAGUAAAUGAUUAUUUCAUUAAGAUCUAAGUUAUAAUGUAUAUGGGAUAAUCAUAAAUGUCUGUAAAUCAUUUUAGUACUCAUUGUAAGUAUUUAUGUUAGAAGAUGUCUUUCUAGCAGAGGAAGAAAUAAACGUUAGAAAUGCUUGUAUAUCCGAAGGUGUACAUAACUCUGGUUCUCAGUUGGAAUAAAAUCAUUGCUUUUACGUCUCAGAAA